CACCCCUCCCACUCCCCCCACGCAGCAGCCCGCGCCCCCAACCCCCCACCCCACCCCCACGCGCCGCCGCCGCUAGGGUUUCUCACCCAGCCCCCCCCUCGCCGCCGCACGCGCACGAGGAAGGAGCCCGAGUCUCCAGCAGCCAUGAGCGACGGCAAGGACACCCUCGACCUCUCCGCCCUCGGCGCCGCCGUCCCCAACGCCGCAGAGCUCAGCGCCGAGGACAAGGCCAACCUCGUGGAGUCGAUUAAGAACACGCUGCAGGGAUUGGCGGCGCGGCACACGGACGUGCUCGAGAGCCUGGAGCCCAAGGUCAGGAAGCGCGUCGAGGCGCUCAGAGAGAUCCAGAGCCAACAUGAUGAAUUUGAGGCAAAGUUUUUUGAGGAGAGAGCUGCACUUGAAGCUAAAUAUCAGAAGAUGUAUGAACCACUGUACUCAAAGCGUCAUGAUGUUGUCAAUGGUGUGGUUGAGGCAGAAGGCGUAACCAAAGAUUCAGGUGAAGCUGCUCCAGAUGAGAAAGAGGAAAAGGGUGUGCCAGAUUUCUGGUUGAAUGCAAUGAAGAACCAUGAAAUCCUUGCUGAGGAGAUUCAAGAGAGGGAUGAGGAAGCUCUCAAGUACCUCAAGGAUAUCAAGUGGUACAGAAUUACUGAGCCAAAGGGUUUCAAGCUUGAAUUCCACUUCAAUACUAAUCCAUUCUUCAAGAAUGAAGUGCUUUCGAAAACGUACCACAUGAUUGAUGAAGAUGAACCAAUCCUAGAGAAGGCCAUUGGAACUGAAAUUGAAUGGUAUCCUGGAAAGAGCUUGACACAAAAGGUGCUAAAGAAGAAGCCAAAGAAGGGGUCGAAGAACACUAAACCUAUCACGAAAAUCGAAAAUUGCGAGAGCUUCUUUAAUUUCUUCAGUCCACCUCAAGUUCCUGAUGACGAUGAGGAAAUUGAUGAGGAUACAGCUGAACAGUUGCAGAACCAAAUGGAGCAAGAUUAUGAUAUCGGAUCUACCAUCAGAGACAAGAUUAUUCCACAUGCUGUUUCAUGGUUCACUGGAGAGGCCGCUCAAGAUGAGGACUUUGACGGCAUCAUGGAUGAUGACGAAGAUGAUGAGGAGGAUGAAGAUGAGGAUGAGGAUGACGAGGAAGAUGAAGAUGAUGACGAUGGUGAUAAGAAGAAGGGUGGGCGAGUUCCUGCAGGGGAAGGUCAGGCAGGGGAGCGGCCCGCGGAGUGCAAGCAACAGUGAGGUCCUUCCCAGAUGAAGACUAUUUUUCUUGGCUGAAGAAUGUUUGGUUCUGCUUGAUGCCAUGUCGUUGAGUUUGGUUCCGAGGAGCCAGUGGGGGAUUGGUUUUGUGGAACCGGUGGGGGGUUUCUUUGUCGGGGACAUGGUAUUAUAUACUGGUAGCAUUUCAAUUGUUGUAUUGGGUUGAAAUACUUUUGUCCGCUGCUGCGAGUGAUCAUCGAUGUUGCAAGUUUGGUAGUCCUACUUGUUUUGCCAGGAAAUUUUGAUAUACUAGGUAUUUGUGUGCGCUACAUUCAUUGUUUCAAAAUGCAUAUCUGCAUUGCCUGGCUA